CAUAAGGACUGAAACUGAAACCAGCCUACCAAGUAGAGAGAUGGCCGACGGAGGAAAAGUGGUUUGCGUCACCGGAGCUUCCGGUUACAUAGCGUCAUGGAUUGUUAAGCUUUUGCUUCAACGUGGCUACACCGUUAGGGCCACCGUUCGAGACCCACUGGAUGCAAAGAAAACAGAACAUCUUCUUGCACUAGAGGGUGCAAAAGAAAGACUCAAACUGUUCAAAGCAGAUCUUAUGGACGAAGGUUCAUUCGAGCAAGCAAUCCAAGGAUGUGAGGCUGUCUUCCACACCGCUUCUCCAGUUACAUUUACUGUAACUGAUUAUCAGGUUGAGCUGAUUGACCCGGCGGUAAAGGGUACACUUAACGUCCUUGGAACUUGCACCAAAGUGUCAUCUGUUAAGAGGGUCGUCAUGACAUCGUCCAUGGCCGCAGUUCUGUUUCCUGUGACUCCUUUGGGACCAGACUAUUUAGUCGACGAGAGUUGCUUCUCGGACCCAAAUGUUUGCUCUGAUAAAAAGCUUUGGUAUGUAGUCUCAAAGACUUUGGCAGAGGAUGAAGCAUGGCGAUUCGCAAAAGAAAACGGGAUUGACUUGGUUGUAAUAAAUCCAGGACUUGUGCUCGGACCACUUUUGCAACCAAGUCUUAAUUUCUCAGUUAGUUUGAUCGCGGAUCUUAUCAAAGACAAGAACGACACCGUUAAUAAGAACUCCAGGCUCGUGGACGUGAGAGAUGUUGCCCUUGCUCAUAUCAAAGCGUAUGAGACUCCUUCAGCAAAUGGUAGAUAUAUCAUCGAAGGUCCGAUUGUGACAAUAAAUGACAUUGAGAAGAUUGUGCACGAAUUCUUUCCCGAGUUGAAUCUCGUUGACAAGAAUGAAGCAAGUGAAAUAAUUCCAGUGAUUUACAAGCUAAGUGUGGAGAAAGCGAAGAGUUUGGGAAUUGAGUUCACUCCAACAGAAGCAACCCUUAGAGACACCAUUCUUAGUCUCAAAGAGAAAUGUCUUGUGUGAUCAUAUCUUUUAUUGCCUUCUUUAAUUGUAUUUUGAACUAUGCAAUUCAUAAAUAAAGAAAAAUAAAAAAGAGUAAGCAAAAAUAA